UCUUUCUUUCUUUCUUUUUUUCUUUUUCUCGCGUUUUUUCACGGCCGUUCUUUUCAUCGAUUUUCUGUCUACUAAUUUUGCACUUCCAAAUCUGAUGCAUAUUUUUCUUUCUCCCCCAAUCUGAUCUCCUUUUUCUGAAAGAAAAACCGAAAAAUAAGAAUAAAAAAAUUCAAACCCUAACCCUAGAUUUUCGAGAUUUCCGGCGAUAUGACGGACCAAAAUGACGCCUUCCUGCGCAACCAAAACGCCGCCGUUCAGGGUCGCACAAAAGCCCAGAAUCGCGCUAAUGUUCUUCAGCUUAAGAUGAUUGGACAAUCUCAUCCGACUGGUCUGACGCCCAAUUUGCUGAAGCUUUUCGAGCCUCGACCUCCGCUGGAGUAUAAGCCGCCUCCUGAGAAGAGGAAAUGCCCUCCUUAUAUGGGAAUGGCGCAAUAUGCGAAUCUUUUUGCUGAGCCUGGGGAUCCUGAGUAUGCCCCACCUGUCAAAGAAGCUGAAACUCCGUCACAAAGAAGGGCCAGAAUUCACGAAUUGCGAUUGGAGAAGGGUGCUGCAAAGGCUGCAGAAGAGCUAGAGAAAUAUGAUCCACAGAGUAACCAAAGUGCAACUGAAGACCCGUACAAGACUCUGUUUGUUGCUAGGCUGAGUUAUGAGACCUCAGAGAGCAGGCUGAAAAGGGAGUUUGAAACCUAUGGGGCCAUAAAGCGGGUCAAAAUGGUCUAUGACAAAGAGACAAACAAACCAAAAGGCUAUGCUUUCAUAGAAUAUGCUCAUACAAGGGACAUGAAAGCUGCAUACAAGCAAGCUGAUGGAAGGAAAAUUGAUGGAAGGAGGGUUCUGGUAGAUGUCGAGCGUGGAAGAACUGUUCCCAACUGGCGGCCUCGCAGGCUGGGUGGCGGAUUAGGAACAACUAGAGUGGGAGGUGAAGAUGUCAAUCAGAGGCAUUCUACAAGGGAGCCUCCUGCAGGAGGGCCAUCUCGAUCGGAAGAGCCCAAGAUACGAGAGGAUAGAGAUAGAGAAAAAUCUAGAGAAAGGGGCAGGGAGAGAGAAAAGGAACGAGAAAAAUCUCGUGAGCGAUCCCAUGAAAGGCCAAGAGACCGCGAUCACAAGGAGGAUAGGCAUCACAGAGAUCGUGAUAGAACUAGAGACAAGGAGAGGGACAGAGGUCGUGAUCGCGAUCGUGACCGUGAUCGUACACGUGAUCGCGAUAGAGGUAAGGAUCGUGGUCGUGAGCAUGAUAGAGAAAGGGAUCAUGGGCGUUCUCGUGACAGGCACCGAGAUAGGGACCGUGACUAUGAAGCUGGGGAAACAGACCAUGAUCGUGGGCAUUCCCGUGAUAGGGAUUAUGACUAUGAUCACGCAGAAGCUAAACAUGAUCGUGGCAGGCAUGGUGAGAGAGAACGAGGUUAUGAUCAUGCUGGAGCAGAUGAGGAACGAGGAUGGUAUGAGGAUGAUCAUGAGCACAAGCGUUCUGAAACUGAACCUGAUGAUAAGAGUUAUGACCAUUAUGGGCAUCACCAAGGGCGGGGACAAUAUGAUAACAAAGAUGCUCUUGGGGAUAAUGACCGUUACAAUCAUAUGGAAGAAGAUGACUACAGUUACGAUCGAGAUGCCUGAAGAAGGUGAAGACUAAAGAGAGCUCUUGAACCCAAUAGAGACAGAAGGUUUUGGGUGAUUAUUUCCUUGGCAGUUCUUUAUUUAAAUCACAGGAAGUUUGAGCUCCGUCGGGGUUAUUACCUGCAAUGGUCAGAGUUGGGCCCUUUUUGCUCCUAGGGAGGUAUUGUAAUGUUACUUGUUUAGGUAAGAAUCUUUUGUGUUUCAGUAGUACUGGUUUCAUUGUCCUGCUUUUUUCGCUCUUCUGGGUAAGAGAAGAGGAGAGGAGAGGGGUGGGGAGGGGGUUGUUACUCUGUUAGAGUGCUUGUUCUGGCUUGUAAUUCUAUUUGCCUUUGAAAAGACCGUGGCUGUUUAUGGCAUUUGUAGUGCAUUUGGUGGACUGCACCCAGCUAUUGCUUUGACAGCUUUGUGCAUUAUGUGCAAAAGGGAAGAGGGAGCUGUAGUACAUCAUUAGUACUAUAAUGAACUUUGGAGUUAAUUUUCUCAAAUACUGCAAAAUAGUCCACCCAAAAGUUAUCAGGUUCUGGUUUUCUGAAGGCCUAGAUAUAUGCAGGUUUCAUGGGUAAGUUUUUCUUUUA